CUGGUGCGGCUGGCCAUGUCCAUGGAGGACCCCUUCUUUGUGGUGAAAGGGGAGGUACAAAAAGCAGUGAACACUGCGCAGGGGCUGUUCCAGAGAUGGACAGAGCUCCUGCAAGAUCCCUCCACAGCUACAAGAGAAGAAGUUGACUGGACCACCAAUGAGCUCAGGAAUAACCUGCGGAGCAUUGAGUGGGACCUGGAAGACUUGGAUGAAACUAUUAGCAUUGUUGAAGCAAAUCCUCGGAAAUUCAACCUUGAUGCAACAGAGCUGGGUGUAAGAAAAGCCUUCAUCACAAGCACACGGCAGGUGGUCAGGGAAAUGAAGGAUCAGAUGUCAAACUCAUCUGUGCAGGCACUGUCUGAAAGAAAAAACAGGAAGGCACUGCUGGGAGAAAGUGGAGGUCAGAGUUGGAGCUCUGGAUCAGAUAAAUAUGGCGGUUUGGAUCGAGAGCUACAGUUAGCCAAUUCACACUUCAUUGAGGAGCAACAGGCUCAGCAGCAGUUGAUUGUGGAGCAGCAGGAUGAGCAAUUGGAACUGGUCUCUGGCAGCAUUGGGGUGCUGAAGAACAUGUCCCAGCGCAUUGGUGGGGAGCUGGAGGAACAAGCAGUGAUGUUGGAUGACUUCUCUCAUGAGUUAGACAACACUCAGUCACGUCUUGAUAAUGUUAUGAAGAAGCUUGCAAAAGUGUCCCACAUGACCAGUGAUCGACGGCAGUGGUGUGCAAUCAUCAUUCUCUUUGUUAUCUUACUGGUGGUGCUUAUCCUGUUUUUUGUGCUGUGAUGGACUAACCUCCCUUGGACU